AUGGAGUCAAUUCUACAUUACCUCGUUCUUGCUGCCAUUGCAUAUUGUCUCAUCGCUGUUCCUGUGCGCCUCUGGAAACACAGAUAUGUGAUUCGGAAGAUUCGUGGACCACCGCGCCCUUCAUUUCUAUUGGGUUUGCUCUCCUUGACUGCGGUCAUGAACCCCUCCUUUUCUGGUCGUGAAUACAUAGGCGACCUGGAGAUAGAAUGGUAUCAACAGUAUGGCACCGUAUACCGCACUAGCGGGUGUUUCGGGCAAGAUACUUUGUCCGUCUCUGACCCUAAGGCGUUGCAGUACAUCUUCCAUUCAUCUGGAUACAGAUUCCCUAAGACAAGGGACGCGCAUCGUAUCGGUGAGGCACUGUCUGGACCAGGUGUAGUUACUGUUGAGGGUAAAAUCCAUCAACGCCAGCGGAGAAUCCUUGGUCCUGCUUUUGCGGCGCCUCAGCUACGAAAUUUUCUGUCCGUCUUCCAGGCGUCAGCCAUGAAGCUUACGGAGAAGAUUACUGAACAUAUUGGUGAUGCCAAAGAGCUCAAUGUGCUUAAGUGGACGAGCAAAGCUGCGCUAGAUAUCAUAGGGAUAACCUCUUUCAGAUACAAGUUCAAUUCCCUCGACGGUGCACACACCGAGCUGAUGGGAGCAAUGGAUAAUCUUUUAGGCGAAGCUCUGAUGUGGCCGACAACAUGGGAGAUUCUCUUCACCGCACUCUGUCGCAUCCUUCCUGAAUGGGUGUUUUCACUUCUCUCGCGGUUACCUAACAGAGAUGCCGCGCGACUGAGUCGUUUUAGAGACGUCGCUACGAAAGUAUCCCGACCUAUCUUCGAGAAACAGCUGAUUGAAGUCGCCAAUGACGUCGAUCCAGCUGAGAAGGACAUCGUCAAUGUUCUUGCGAUGUCUUAUCUCGCCGACGGUGCGAAAAAGAUGAGCGACAUAGAAAUCGACUCUCAGCUGGCGACCUUCAUUGGAGCCGGUCAUGACACUACUGCGACCAUGAUGGCAUGGCUUCUCUAUGAGCUGAGCCGUCAUCCAGAGGAUCAAGCCAAGGUACGCGAGGAGAUUGCCAUGACUAAAUUAAAUGCUCCGGGGCCACUUACGUCGGGCAAUUAUAAUUCAAUGCCUUUGCUCAACGCUGUUAUUAAAGAAGUUCUACGUUACCAUCCUCUGGUACAUGGUCUCUAUCGCGAGCCGGCUCAGGAUGAUGUCCUACCUCUAGCUGAACCUAUCAUUAUGUCGGAUGGCAAGGCAUGUUCACAGGUCCCUAUUGCUAAGGGCCAACUUUUGACCGGGAACAUACCAGUCUUCCGUCUGUUUGGGGGUGAUGAUGCUGGAGAGUGGAAUCCUCGUCGAUUCCUUGAAGAUCGCGGAAAAAAGCAGGAAUCUCUGGGCGUCUAUGCGAAUUUGAUGACUUCAGUGAGAACGAUCCUUCCUUAUUUGAGAUCAUUCAUUGAUUACCUCGCCACUACAGGCGCUGGCAUUCGUGGGUGCAUUGGGUGGCGAUUCGCUGUUAUGGAGUUGCAAUCGGUAGUUACGGAACUUCUCAGUAACUUCGAAUUCAGCAUUCCGAGGGGCGCACCGGAUAUACAGCAUUGUCCGGUGGGCUUCGCUACAAUUCCCAUCGCUCUGGGGAAAGCGAAGGAGGGACCGCAGGUCCCGCUGCUUGUUACUGCUCUCACCAAGUAGGUCUUUCGCUGGAGGCUGGCUUUAGCAAUGGUUGUGGUGUAGGAGGCUAUGUUUACAAGAAUUCUUGUACAAUGAAUGUUGUGUACCUAGCUACUAAGUGUACUUUUACUUCUUCCGUACGAUUGAUAUAUAUGAAGUUCUACUGCGUCUGCAAUCCGUAUUGUCGCACUCGGCCAGCCCCGCCUAUUUCUGCCUUCGCUUCAAGUGUCACAAGUAAGGGUUAGGGAGGUAUAUCAUG